AUGCGUUAUAUUGCAGCAUUUGAUGGUGCGAGCAUCGACGUUACUACUGCMAAURCCGAUGUAAUGAAGAAUUUGCUGGCUGAAAGCACGACGAUAGGCACAAAAACAAUCUUCAACAUCGAACAAGAGAAGGCGCUAAUAAGCUACAUUCUCCAGGCCAGCGACAUCAACUAUGGAAUGAGUUUGAUGGAGCUUCGUAAGCUCGCGUAUGAAUUUGCUCAGAAAAUUGGCGCGUCGUAUCCAGAUCCAUGGAACGACAAUCAACAGGCGAGUAAGGAUUGGCAGUUGGCGUUCAUGAAMCGCCACAAAAAUUUGUSACUGCGAACACCAGAGCAAGUAAGCCAGAGCCGUGCGAAGCGAUUCAACAAAGAGAAUGUCGAUGCAUUCUUUGCCAAYCUUUCAUCCGUUCUCGGUAAGACGCCGUUUGAACCUCAUCGAAUAUGGAACAUGGAUGAAACCGGGUGCCCGACCGUGCCAACCAGACCUGUCAAAACCAUCGCGCGCAAAGGACAAAAGCAGRUCGGCUCAUCAACAUCUGCCGAWAAAGGCACCMAUGUGUCUUUGGCUUUGGCCGUCAGCGCUAGUGGCCAGUCUAUACCGCCAUUCUUCCUCUUUCCCCGAGUCAACAUGAAAGAGAUUUUUAUGACUCAUGUUCGCAUUUAUCGAUCGAGGCGAUAG